AUGGGCGCCAAUGCUGCCGCUUUCGCGUCUCUACUGCGCGGCGCCACCAAUCUCUCGCAAUGCCGCUGGAUCCUGGAGCAGCUGAUCAACAGCAGGUAUGCUGGUGACAUCUUCCUGGGGAAUUUGGCGCUCCAGAUGUUUGGGAAGCUGCACGGCAUCGGCGACGCCAGGGCUUUGUUCCACCGGAUGGCACAGACCGGGCGAAAUCUCUUCUCCUGGUCGAUCAUGAUCUCGGCACUGUGUCGCGACGGGCAUCACCGCGAGGCCCUGGGGUGUUACCACGCGAUGAAUCUGGAAGGGGGCAUUGAGGCUGAUAUGGUGAUCUUGUCCACCGUCAUUGGCGUUUGCUCCGCGCUCCAGAAUCUCUGCGAGGGACGCAAGCUCCACGAUCGCGUCGCUGGCUGUGGCCUGGAAUCCGACACGGUCGUCCACAACGCUUUGGUGAGCAUGUAUGUGAAGUGUGGCUGCUUGGACGAUGCUCGAGCGGUCUUCGACGCUACUCCGACGCGAGAGAAGGAUGCCGUCUCUUGGAACGUGAUGAUGGCUGCGUACUCCUCGCGAGGUAAGUUCCAGCAAGCUCUAGAGAUUUUCAAUGACUGUCUACUCCACUCCGUCCAGGGACCCGAUGCCGUGAGCUUUGUCACCGCCAUCUCGGCCUGCUGUGGAUUAAAAGACGUGAAGCAGGCUAGAGCUCUGGAGGAGCUCAGUUGUUCGCAUGGAUUUUUGGAGACCAGCGUUGCGGUCCAGAACUCUCUCAUCAACCUCUAUGGAAAAUGCGCGAGCUUGAGCGAGGCCAGGUUGGUUUUUGACAGGAUUGCUUCCAAGACUGCUUUGUCAGUUCGUGCUGCAGUAAUGGAGGUGAUGCUGAGACGAGAAGAGAAAUUUUGUCACAGGUUUGUUAUCGCAUUCAUGCUGCCUUCUAUUCUGAUGUGGUGCUUGGGACUUGUCUUCUAG